GUUCCGGUACCGGGCGGUGAUAUGAUGUCAAUGACAGGGACUACGGUUGUAGGCCCACUACAACUUAGUUCAGUCCUGUAAGAUAAAACAUGGCGGAAAGACCGAACGAGGGCGCCUUCAAAAAUUCUCAGGGAUUGAAUUUGCACUGUAGGUACUGGUAUCCAGAAAAUCAAGACGUGAGAGCCCUUGUGCAUAUUAUUCAUGGAUUAGGUGAACACAUUGGACGUUAUAAUGCUAUUGCAUCAUCUUUCACCAAGCUGGGAUGUGCAGUCUAUGCACAUGAUAAUGUUGGCCAUGGACGCAGUGAUGGGGUGAGAGUUGAUGUGGAAGAUUUUGAUCAAUAUAUCAGAGACUGUCUCCAACACACAGACAUAAUGACAGAAAAAUACCCCAACCUUCCUGUAAUAGUUUUUGGUCAUUCUAUGGGAGGUACAAUUGCAAUUUUGAUGAUGAACUCACACUCAAGUCGAUUUGCUGGAGCUAUAUUUGGAUCCCCUGGCAUAGCACCAUCACAAGCUACACCCUUCUUGAUGUUUAUGGCAAGGGGAGUUGCUGCCCUAUGCCCCCAAAUGUCAAUUGGUAAAUUAGUUGUAACAGACAUCAGCAGAGAUCCAGCUGUGGUUGAAGACUAUGUGAAAGAUCCAUUGGUGUGGCAUGGUGGGGUCAAGGCACGAUGGGCAGUCAAUAUGUAUGGUGCAUGCAUGAAGAUACAGGCUGAAUGUGGAGAGAAAGCUAACUAUCCAUUCCUUCUACAACAUGGCUCCAAGGAUAUUAUCUGUGAUAUCAAAGGAUCAGAUCUUUUCUUUGAGAGGUCCAAAAGUCAGAAUAAAGUCUACAAGAUAUAUGAAGGCUACUUCCAUGAAUUGGACAAGGAACCAGAGGGAGAGAGAGAAGUCGUCUUCAAGGAUUUAGAGGAGUGGACCAGUAAUUUCCUUGAGAGAUUAGAGGGAUCAAAUGUUGAUGAUCCAACCAGAAAGGUCGAUCCAGAUGAUGUAGACUUGAAAACAUGAUGGGCUUAUGUCAAGGGGAUAAAUUGCUUGACCUACAGAUAUGGCGGUUGUUUCAAGAAGUGACUUGUCAGAUAUUUUCAUGAGAACUGUUGUAAAGGCCAUCGCCCACCUUACAAUUGGUCUGUGACCAGAUUUUGGAAUAAGACGUAGUAGAAUUUGAUGCUAAUAUUGAGACAUGGAAUAUGUCACUCUGUAAUGAUAUAGGAAUAACGCAUUCCGCGGAGUUGUUAGCAAGUAUGCAGUGCACGAGAGCCUUCGGCUCGUGUGGAGUGUGCAUGCGAAGAAGAAACCUUGAGUGCACUGCAUAUCGCUGAACAACGACGGGAAAAUGCGUUAUUCCUUUUAUAAGAUGGCUAAGUAAUUUCGAACGCAAUUAAGCACCUUAUAUGAGAAAGAAAUAAUGAAAUAGAUCUAAAUCAAAUAUCAAAAAUUUUGAAAUUGCACUUACCGUUUGAAAAUGGUCCAGAGUAGGAUUUCUCCGAGAUUACUUGAUUCCAAUUUGUGCUGAAUCCGUGUUAGGUCCUUUAUUCCAAAUUUCUUUCGAGUUUCGGGAGUUAAAUUUCAAUGAUGUUUUGCGAUCACCACAAAAAAGUUCAGAGUUCAGUUUACAAAGUUUCAAAUCCAACACAUGAACUCGAAAAUGUUUCAACUCUCAAGAAUUCAACACAUUUACAGCUAGACUCUAUUUAUUUACCGGUACAGCAGAUUUACUUGGCUUGAGGAAACUUGCUGCUAUCACCGAUAUCUAGAUCUAAUCCAUAGACAGUUCUCAUCUAAGUAUCUCUGAGCAUUGAACCUAAUGUUUUGUAGCGACCUCGUUUUGUACGAUUCUCCAUUGUCCUUCCUUCUUCCGGAGCCGAGAAUUUGGUCAAAAACUUGUCCAAAUCUUUGGUAUCCUUGGUGAUUUCUUCCAAAUCAGUUCCAGUGAAUUUGGCAAAGUCCAUGACUCAUGAGUUUACAUUUAGCAAAUUUCAGCACUUUUUUGUCCCUUUGCUGUCCAUGUCGUUUACCAAUUGGUCAAUUUCUUCAUCUGUCAUAACUUGGAAGGAGACAGAUAAGUCCUCCUUUGGUUGAUUCACCCACGCCAUAUCUCAAGGUUUCCGAAUGAGUUGUGAUUUCGAAACAGACACACAACAAAGGCAGGAUACACAGCCUACACAGCGACGAAACUUACAGCCAAUCAGUACCGUAAUCGAGAUCGUAGAUCAUAUAGACCUAGAUCAAAAUCAGUAAACGAGGAGCCAUAAAAACUCUUGUUUCAGCAGGAGUUAAUUUUUUGAUGGCACAAGUUUUAGAUCCUAUGAAAUAACAUGAGUGGUGGCCUUGAAAAUCUGGUUAAAUGAAGAAUUUCACUGUAAAAUGUUAUUUUUACUCAGUGUCAACUGACAAAUCGUCGAUACGUCCCAGGCGAUCGAUGAAUUUGUGCAUAAAUUUAUUUUCUUUUUCAACAUAUGCUGGUGGAUCUAGCACUAAUUAGUUUAUAAAAAGUUCAUCUUUCAUUCUACGUACGUGACCUCAUUGAGCAUAAAGCUGGUACGUAAUCGAAAUCUCGAUUUUUUUUUAGACACUGCGCAUGCGCCAAAACCGUGGGUUAGACAAUUUGGGUGCGCGAAAGUCCCACGGGCGUGCAGGGAUAGACACUUUUCGCGAAUGAUCACGUGGUACGCUUUGACCAAUCAGCAAGCUGCAAAUUAUUUAGCCAUCUUAUAAUAUAAAUCAUUGUAUGAAUACCUAUGUUCAAAUCUGUGACUAUUCUCUAAUCCUUAUUAGAAUGAAUAAAAAAUCUAGUCGCAAUGUUGUCAGCAAUCAUAAGAUUGACUACAAUUUGAAACUUAUUUGAACUUUACUCCAAAAUGUAGUCUUGCAAUCAUCCAAUAUUUUAAAAUUAGUAUUCUUGCAGAUAAUUUGAACAUCAAAUAAAAAUAUACUUUUCUGUCGCAUUUUCAGAAAAUAAGCUAAAUACGAUUUGUUCCAAAAUCAGAUUGUUGACCAGUCAUAAGGUGUGGGGUGGCCAUAUUAAGACACUGAAACCUAUGCAUCUUAUGGGCUGAAAUCAAUUUAUCAGUGAAAUCCAUUAAAAAGACCCUUCUCCCCACUGUCUGAUUACUGUUUCAAACAAAGCUACUAUUUGGCAUUAUACAAUACACAUGAAUCCCCAUGAUUUUGCUUUUUUUUUUUUACAUUUUAAGA